UGGGCGGGGCGUGGGCAGAUAAUAAUUAUUGUUGAGGACAUGGAUAAGGAUAAGGAGAGGCCGGCUCUAGAUUGGUUUGAGCAAAUGCUUGAAUUAGUCAAGUCCAAUUCUUCCAUUGAUCACAAGAUCCUCAAGGACCCCAGUGGCUCGUUGAAGUGGUUAGAGAUAUCUUCUACUAAGUGCCACAUAGACCCGCAGCUAGGCCCGAUCCGUGCAGUGCGCCUUGUAGUGUCAACUACCAGAACUUACAAGGUCGAUGUAUUGUACCCCAUCCCACGCAGUGUUGAGAGAUUGAAAGGUUUGGUCACGGAUGAUUAUGAAAGUAUUAUAAAUAUAAUUCAAGAAAGUGGUGGCCAUGUUCUCUGCCCUGGAAUCCAGCCGGAGUGGUAUGAGGAGAUGUACAAAGCGAAUGGUUAUCAUCGUGAGAAUGUACGCACACUGCAACUUCCGAUAAAGAGAUAUGAAGCAACUGAUUGUUUUCUUUGGCAUAAACCAAGCAACCGAUACACCAAAGUUGGAAACAAGCUGUUUAAUGUUUGCAAUAAUUGCAAGCGAGAAGCUCGUUGUUCUCAACAAAAUGCAACAAGAAAUAUCAAUAUUGAUCAGGACAUUAAAGAUGCCAGAAUGAGCGCAUCAUCAAACUAUCCUAUAUCUAGGCUCACUCCUAAAGCCCAGUCAGAAAGAUUGAAACGAUUGAAAUCAGAGAAUAAAAGUAAUCGUGAAAGACUACAGCAGUUGCGUUCCAAGUCAAGUAUUAAGUCAAGAGUUACAUUUAAGCUGAACACUUUGGAAGGUAUUGAAAUGGAAGAUGUUAUUCAAACAAAUCCUGCUGCUAAAAUCCCUACUAAGCACAGAUCCCCGGCCUCACUCUCAGAGACAAAUUCUUCAUGUACACUGGACUCAUGACACUAUAGGCUCUGUUCGUAGCUGGAUAUUUGAGUUAUAGAUACCCUAUUAUAUAUAUAGUAGCUAGCUAAGCAAGUAAUGAUCUACCCUCGUAUACGUGACUUGUUGACAUUUUUUUACCCUCUAGUUGUGAUUCAUUGAUCAAUAUAUACUUAUUAUAAUUA